GUUUUCUAUGAGGCCGAAAUCAGCUGUUUCCAAAAAGUCGCGUUUCUCCACAAACAUCAAUUUCCUUUACAUUCAAAGAGGCUUUUUUCCAUCCUAAAGUCCAAUGUCUGUGGCAAGUGAAGCGCAGUCAACUGUCAACAAAGAAAAUGGUUCUUUGCCGCAGAGUGAAGAAAAACUUUGUGAUCUGCCUUCAUCUGCGACCCCAGAGGAGAGAAUCCAGCAUAAGUUGGCGAAAGCAGUGGACUUCAAGCAAAAGGGAAACGACCACUUCAAGCAGCAGCAGUUGAAGUGGACUCAUGUAUAUGAAGGCAGUGGAUCAGGACAUGAAUCCAAAUAAGCAUUUUGGUCAAAGUCGCGCGGCUCCAAAACUACCCCAGGAGACAAAAGAUGCAGUGAUGAUGAUAACGGCAGAUCUGCACAACAAUUUAGCAGCAUGCUUAUUAAAGCAAGAACCAGUAAGGUACGAGAGAGUGGUUGAGUGUUGCAAGCAAGUGACCGAGUUCCAGCCUAAGAAUGUGAAGGGCUGGUACCGCCUUGGGCUCGCUCAGUUCCACCUCCGUGACUAUGAUGCGGCGAAAGAAGCCCUGAAGGAAGCUAAUGCAAUAUCUGAAGGCAAAGACACAGCCGUAAGAAAAUUGAUGCUCCAAGUAGACCAGGAACUGAGGAAAGAGAAUAAGAAGUUCAGUGACAUGUUUAAGAACAGUCUUUUGGUGAAGCAGUCUUGACAAUAAUGUUUUUAAAAGUCCAAUAACCAUAUGUUAUUCCCUUGCAUCUCGUAAGGUCUUCAAUGUCAUGCCUAUAGAAAUAA